UCUGCUUGCAGGGAGCAUGCAUGCCACGAUUCCUUCGCCUGCCGGAAUUACAUCUGAUAAAGAAAGUUUUUUGCCAUCAUGUUGCGUGUCGUGGUAGAAUCCGCUAAAAAUAUUCCAAAAAAGAAAAUUGGAAAUCCGGAUCCUAUUGUUACGAUUGUUUUUAGAGGUGAAAAAAAGAAAACCAAAGCAAUUGACAAUGAAUUGAAUCCCGUUUGGAAUGAAGUUCUGGAGUUUGAUUUAAAAGGCUCUCCUUUGGAUUCCUCCUCAUUCAUCGACGUGGUUGUGAAAGACUAUGAAACCAUUGGGAAAGACAAAUUCAUUGGCUCUGCAAAAAUCUCCCUCAAAGACCUAGCCAAUAGUCAACAAAGUUCCCUUCCAUGUAGAAAUUUACCUCUCGUGAAUGAAAAAAGUCAUAACACUGCGGCAACCAUCAGUGUGAUGAUUGGGUACGAACCACCUGCCGGGACCACUCCAACUCCUUAUGACCAGGCAGACACGGUGCAGCCAUCAGGAGAUACUGGAGGAGAUACGAAUGAAGAGGAGGACGUGGAGGAUGGGGAAGGAGGACAGGGGGUGACCCCAGGAGAGACCUCCCUCCCUCCUUCUCAGCCUGGGAAGGGGAAGGCCACCCCAAGGGUGAAACGUGUGAACAGGAAUAGGCGUCGGGCGCUGUCCAACAAGCCCCAGGAUUUCCAGAUCCGCGUUCGGGUUAUUGAAGCACGUCAGUUGCCCGGUAACAACAUCAAGCCUGUUGUCAAGGUAAACGUAUGUGGACAGACACACAGAACCAGGAUCAAAAGAGGAAAUAAUCCUUUCUUUGAUGAGAUUUUCUUUUACAACAUGAACAUGUUGCCUUCAGAGUUGCUGGAUGACUACAUCAGCAUUCGGGUGUAUGACUCAUUUUCCCUCAGAGCAGACAGCUUGAUGGGAGAGUUUAAGCUGGAUGUUGGAUAUGUCUAUGAUGAACCAGCUCAUGCUAUCCUGAGGAAGUGGCUGCUGAUGGGUGACCCCGAUGACUCCAGCUCAGGAGCAAAGGGGUACCUCAAAGUCAGCGUGAUGAUCGUAGGGACGGGAGAUGAGCCUCCGAUGGAGAGGAAGGAGGCUGAUGAUGAGCAGGAUGACAUUGAGAGCAAUCUGCUGCUGCCAGCUGGAGUCAGCCUGCGCUGGGUCACCAUGACUCUGAAGGUGUUCCGGGCCGAGGACAUGCCCCAGAUGGAUGAUGCCUUUUCCCAGACAAUCAAGCAAGUCUUUGGAGGAGAUGGUGAAAAGAAGAACCUAGUGGAUCCAUUUCUAGAAGUCAGCUUUGCUGGCAAAAAGCUCUGUACAAAAAUAAUAGAGAAAAAUGCAAAUCCAGAAUGGAACCAGUUGAUCAACUUGCAGGUCAAGUUUCCAUCCAUGUGUGAACGCAUCAAAUUGAUGGUUUAUGACUGGGAUCGGCUCACCAGGAAUGAUGCAAUAGGAACCACCUAUUUAAAUCUGACUAAAAUAGCAUCCUCCGGUGGUGAGGUUGAUGAUGCAUGUUCGGAUACUGAGGCUACUCCAGGACCUGAAGGUUCAAAAAGCGGGAAUUCUGGGAUGACGGAGAUGGGUUUUCUGCCGGCGUUUGGUCCCUGCUAUGUCAACCUGUACGGAAGCCCCAGGGAAUUCACUGGCCUCGCAGACCCGUACGACGACCUCAACUUUGGGAAGGGUGAAGGAGUGGCCUACAGGGGGAGAGUUCUGGUUGAACUCACCACCCAACUCGAUGCCAAAGCUGAGAAGAAGGUGGACGACAUACCCAGCGAUGACAUCCUUGUGGCUCAGAAGUACCAAAGGCGCAGGAAGUUCUCCCUCUGCGCCGUGUUCCACAGCGCGUGCAUGCUGCAGGAACCUGGGGAACCCAUCCAAUUUGAGGUCAGCAUCGGAAACUACGGCAACAAGUUAGACUCCACCUGCAAACCCCUGGCCUCAACAACCCAGUACAGCUGUGCCAUGUUCGAUGGAAAUCAUUACUACUACUUGCCCUGGGGAAAUACAAAGCCAGUUGUCGUCAUCACAUCUUUUUGGGAAGACAUAAGCCACCGUUUAGAGUCGGUCAACAUUAUACUGUACAUCGUAGACCGAUUGCAAUCCAACAUCACCUCCCUGAAGACAGCCAUUUUGGCGAAAGUCCCUGAAACUCGUCUCGCAGAGAUCUGGCUGAAGCUUAUCAACCACUUGAUUGAAGACCUCAGGAGCUUCAGAAUGCCGGAGCUGGAGGGGAGGCCGAACCUGACGGCCCUGGACCUCCAGCUGAAGAAGCUGCGGGACAGCACCAUCGAGAAAAUCCAGCAGGAGGCCUGGAGCAUGAAGGAGGAGGCCACCAAUGUGCAGGACACGCUGGGGGACAUCGAGGACUGGCUGGAGAAACUGCAGCAGCUGGCCGAAGAGCCCCAGAACAGUAUGCCAGAUGUGAUCAUCUGGAUGCUGCGGGGGGAGAGGAGGGUGGCCUACAUGCGAAUCCCAGCCAAUCAGAUCAUGUACUCUACCAACAGUGAGCAGGCCAUGGGAAAGUACUGUGGUCGGACCCAGACCGUUUCCAUGCAGUACCCCAUGGACAAAAACAAGGGGCUGAAGAUUCCAGUGCAGCUGCGGGUAAACAUGUGGCUCGGCCUUUCGGUACAUGAGAAUAAGUUCAACAGCUUCUCCGAGGGAACCUUCAGUGUGUUUGCAGAGACGUAUGAAAACCAGGCACAGGUGUUUGGGAAGUGGGGCACGACGGGACUGGUGGGUCGGUACAAGUUCUCCGACGUCACCGGGAAGCUGAAGCUGAAGAAGGAGUACUUCCUGCCCCCCCGCGGCUGGGACUGGGAGGGGGACUGGUUUGUGGACCCAGAGAAGGGGCUGCUGACGGAGGCUGACGCGGGACACACACAGUUCAUAGAUGAGGUGUUCGAGAACGAGACGCGGUUCCCGGGGGGAGAGUGGAAACCGGCGGCGGAGCCCUACACCGAUGUGAAUGGAGACAAGGCCCAGGGCCCGAACGAGAUCAAAUGCUCAUCUGGCUGGAAAUGGGAGGACGCAUGGAUCUAUGACACAAACCGUGCCGUGGAUGAGAAAGGUUGGGAAUACGGGGUAACUGUUCCUCCCAAUGACAAGCCCAAGUCCUGGUCCCCGGUGGAGAAGAUGUACCACGUGCACCGGAGGAGACGUAUGGUUCGCCAGCGCAAGAAGGUGGCAGAACCCACCCCCUCCUUAGAGAAAAGAGAGCCUGGGGAGGGCUGGGAGUACUCCUCUCUGAUCGGAUGGAAGUUCCACCGGAAGGAGCGCUCAUCGGACACGUUUAGGCGCAGACGCUGGAGGAGAAAGAUGGCUCCCUCUAACCAGAUGGGCCCGUCGGCCAUCUUCAACCUAGAGGGGGCGCUGGGGAUUGAUGAUGAAGGCUCCAAAAAGGACCCAACCCAACUGUUCGGUGCCAACACCCCCACCGUUUCCUGCAGUUUUGACCGGUCUUUUAUGUACCAUCUAAGGGUCUAUGUUUACCAGGCUAAAGACCUCACUGCCAUGGACAAAGACAGUUUUUCAGAUCCCUAUGCACAUGUGUCCUUCCUGCACGUGAGCCAAACUACCGAGAUCAUCAAGUCUACUCUCAACCCAACCUGGGACCAGACGCUCAUCUUCGACAACAUCGAAAUUUGCGGUGACCCCCAGACCAUGGCCCAGAACCCGUCCAGUGUCGUGUUUGAGCUCUAUGACAGUGACCAAGUGGGCAAAGAUGAGGCUCUGGGCCGGUGCUCCUGCCCCCCCCUGGUGAAGCUGAAUCCUGGGAUGGACGUGUCCCCCAAACUCCUGUGGUACCCUGUCAUCAGGAAGGGCAGAGUCGCUGGGGAGAUGCUGGUGGCUGCUGAGCUCAUCCUGAAGGACAAGGCCAGCGAGACCGAGCUGCCCAUUCUGCCCCCCCAGCAGGCGGGGAGGCUCUACAUGGUGCCGCAGGGGAUCCGUCCCGUGGUGCAGCUCACCGCCAUCGAGAUCCUGGCCUGGGGACUGCGCAACAUGAAGCCCUACCAGCUGGCCGCCGUGUCCUCCCCCAGCCUCAUCGUGGAGUGCGGGGGCGAGAUCGUCCGCUCCACCGUAAUCAGGAACAUCAAGAAGAACCCCAACUUCCCCGCAUCCGUCCUCUUCUUCAAAGUGCUCCUUCCCAAAGAGGAGAUGUACAGCCCUCCCAUCGUGUUGAAGGUGAUCGAUCACAGACCGUUCGGGAGGAAGCCCGUGGUGGGUCAGUGCACCAUCGGCUCCCUGGAAGAGUUCCGCUGUGACCCCUACAGGACCGGGGCUGAGGUCGCCAGGUCUGCCAAAGUGGCUCUCAUGGCUGCUGCUCCAUCAACAUUCAUCAACAUUGAGGAUGAAGGCCUGCUUCUGGAUGCCAAGCAAACAGAAAAGGAGAAGGAAGAAGUCGAUUGGUGGAGUAAGUUCUAUUCCUCCAUUGGAGAACAUGACAAGUGUGGCCCUUACCUUCAGAAGGGCUACGACACCUUAAAGGUGUACGACACUGAAUUGGAGGAGGUUCCUGACUUCAGAGGACUGACGGACUUCUGCAAAACCUUCAAACUACAGAGAGGCAAGAACGAAGACGAGGAAGAAGACCCUUCGGUGGUCGGAGAGUUCAAGGGUUCAUUCAGAGUGUACCCUCUGUCAGAUGACCCGGGGGUCCCUGAACCCCCUCGGCAGUUUCGGGAGCUCCCAGACAGCGGGCCUCAGGACUGCCUUGUCAGGAUUUACAUCAUCCGCGGCAUCGACCUGCAACCCAAAGACAACAACGGCAUGUGUGAUCCAUACAUUAAGAUUUCUCUGGGAAAGAAAACUAUUGAAGACCGAGAUCAGUACAAACCCAACACCCUCAACCCAGUGUUUGGAAGAAUGUUCGAGCUCUCCUGCUUCCUUCCGCAAGAUAAAGACCUGAAAAUCGCCAUUUACGACUACGAUCUAUUGACCCGGGACGAGAAAGUUGGAGAAACCAUAAUUGACCUGGAAAACAGAUUCCUCUCUCGCUUUGGGUCAUAUUGUGGACUACCGGAGACAUACUGCAGCUCUGGUAUCAACCAGUGGCGAGACCAGCUGAAGCCAUCUCAGAUCCUGCAGAACCUCACCAAGCUGAGAGGCAUCAGCCCCCCCGAAACCAGGGACAACGGGAACACACUGAGCUUCGGAGGCAAGGAGUACAGCCUGCUGGACUUUGAAGCCAAUAAAACCAUGAACAAUCACCUGGGCCCCCCUGCGGAGCGCAUUUCUCUGCACGUGCUCAGAAAUCAGGGCCUCGUCCCUGAGCAUGUGGAAACCAGGACCCUCUACAGCAGCUUCCAGCCCACACUGUCCCAGGGAAAGAUCCAAAUGUGGGUGGAUAUCUUCCCUAAACAUCUUGGUGCUCCUGGACCACCCUUUAACAUUACGCCUCGGCAAUCCAAAAAAUAUUUCCUGCGUGUCAUUGUUUGGAACACCACCGAUGUCAUUUUGGAUGAAACCAGCGUCACAGGGGAAAAAAUGAGCGAUAUCUAUGUGAAAGGGUGGAUGGCAGGGAUGGAGGAUGAUAAGCAGAAGACAGACGUGCACUACAGGUCCCUGGAUGGGGAUGGGAACUUCAACUGGAGGUUCAUCUUUCCAUUCCACUACCUGCCCGCUGAACAGCUCUGCCUUGUGUCUAAAAAGGACCGGUUUUGGAGUCUGGAUAAAACAGAGUUCAGAAUACCCCCAAGGCUAAUAAUCCAGAUCUGGGACAAUGACAAAUUCUCCUUGGAUGAUUACCUGGGUGCCGUUGAGUUGGACCUGCACCACCUCAUUCCUCCUUCUAAGACCCCGGAGAAGUGCAGCCUCAAAAUGUUGCCAGGGGUGAUGGGAUCCAAAACUUUGCCAUCCAAAUCUCUCUUUGCCCAGAAGUCUGCCCGAGGCUGGUGGCCCUGUGUGAUUGAGCAGGAUGAAAAGAAAGAGCUGGGUGGGAAGGUGGAAAUGACCCUGGAAAUCGUGACUGAAGAGGAGGUGGAUGAGAAGCCUGCUGGGAAAGGCCGAGACGAACCCAACAUGAACCCCAAAUUGGAACCUCCCAAUCGCCCCGAAGUCUCCUUCUUUUGGUUUACAAAUCCCUGCAAGACUAUGAAAUUCAUCAUUUGGCGCAGAUUCAAAUGGAUCUUCAUUGGAGUCAUUGUUCUUCUACUAGUGCUACUGUUCCUUGGAAUCCUUCUGUAUUCUUUACCGAACUACAUCUCCAUGAAAAUUGUGAACCCAUUCAGAUGAGACUCAUGUGAAAACAAUGGAAACUACUAGUCUGUAAGCACGGAUGGAACAUGCAGCUUCACGCUUCUAAUAUAUAUAUAAGUGGCCACACACAGCUGCUGCAAAUGUUGGGCUACCAUGAGUACGGUUAGCUCAUAGGCUAACACACAUGCUUACAUAUGUUAUAUCUUAUCAAUUUACACCGCUGGGUAUUUAGGUUCAGAUUCAGUAUGUAACCACUAUGAAACGUAUAAAAACAAAUAUUGUGCCAUUUUGCACAUUCUUUUAAUGAAUUCCAUUGGCCACACCUCUUGAUUGUUAAUGUUGAUUCUAGUAAGACCCAUUCAGUCUAGUACAUCCAACCAUUUCAACAGUAUGUAGAACAGUAAAGAUGAUCUUAGUAGACACAGAAAUUUGUGUUUGAGUCUGUCUUAACAAGUGUUUGAGUCUUGCAAUGAGAAUCCUGCAUUUUAGUAGAAAAUAUUAUCAUGUUUUAAUUUGCUUUUUGAAAGUUUUACCCCAUUGGCAAAUCUUGAAAUUAGUCAAAUGGUCUUACCAUUUUUGUCUUACUUUGCAAAAAAAGUAAAAUAAGAAAUAAGAUUUUAAGUUUAAAUGUAAGAAUAAACUACUUAAGAUAGACAUGUCUUUGCUUUUUUCAAUGCAGCUACACACAGCUACCACUGUAAUGCAGUGUGUGUUCAUUUAUAAUACAGUAUACUUUCAGAGGUUUAAAUGCCACCUUUGUUUACUCCAUAAACAAACAAAUUAAAUAUUUGACUACAUUAAACAUUCACUUAUACUUUCACAACCAUUUUGAUGAUGCUCAUAAUUGUAUCUAAACCUAUGGCUCAAUAGCUAAUACAAUAAGUUAUCAUAUAUUCCAGUUUACACCCAACCAUUUCAACAGUAUGUAGAACAGUAAAGAUGAUCUUAGUAGACACACAAAUUUUCAGUUUCUUUAGUGACAAGAGGAACUUACAAUCUUCUAACUAACCAUACAGCCGUUAACCUGUUCAAAAAAACAACCAACAUUUAUGGAAAACAAGGAUCCAUCAAAUCAAUUUCAUCACCUGUGGAAAAGACAGCCAGUGCAUUAUUUGGCAUAUCUAUGUAGGAAGUAAGCAAACCACAAAUUUGUCUUUGACUUGACUUGGCAAUUUGUAAUCUGGCAUUCCUCAGGGCAGGAUCUGGUUUAAGACAAGAAAUAUUUAUACCCUAUCUGUGCCAUUUAAAAAUGUUUUUCCUUUUAUAAAACCAAAUCACGUAUCAUUGAAGUACCUUCCAGUGUUAUUUCAACUCUUCUUCUGCUCUUUUAAAUUGCAGCCAGUCUAUACAUGCGGGCUCACAGUAAGCAACACAGAGUUACAUUUGUAAACUACUGCUCUUUGGAUUUUUAUUAAUGUUCCUAAUGUAUAAUAUAAUAAAGAACUAUGCAUUAA